AUGAAAACCAUCGGCAUCAUCGGCGGUCUGGCCUGGCCGAGCACCGUCGCCUACUACGAAGGCAUCAACCGGUUGGUCGCAGACAAACUGGGGACUCUUCACAGCGCAAAGCUUAUCCUAAUCCAAACCGAUUUCGACCAGCUCCUCCAGUGGCUCCUGGCUGAUAAAUGGGAUAAAAUUGGCGACGCUCUUUGUUCUCUCGCUCGCCGGCUAGAGGGUGCCGGAGCUGAUUUCAUCCUCGUCGCCUGUAACACAAUGCACAGGGUUAUGGCGCGAAUUCAGGAGCAGAUCCGCGUGCCGAUUUGUCAUAUUGUUGAUGCGGUGUCGGAGAAGAUCAAGCCGAUGGGUAUCCGGAAGGUCGGGCUGCUGGGCAGUGUGGUGACGAUGAGGGAUGGAUACUUUUCGGACAGGCUCGCGGAAGACCGGAUUGAGUCUUUGAUACCAGGUCCAGAAGACCAGGAAUUCAUUCUACAGGCACUGAAGACGGAACUCUCGGUAGAUAUCUAUACGCCGGAGACAAGGGCGGUUUUCAGAGAUAUCAUAGCUCGCCUAGUUACCCGUGGUGCCGAAGUGAUUAUUCUUGGAUGUACCGAAUUUGGGAAGUUGAUCAAGCCGGAAGAUAGUCCGGUGGUGAUAAUUGAUACAGUUCCUGUGCAUAUAGAGCUUGCCGCGAAAAUGGCCCUUUCCUGA